UUUUUUUCUCCUUCCCCUCAUUUUCUCUUCUCCUUCUCUCUCAGGAAAACACUAAAACCAAAAUUCUCAGUCUUUCUUGCCAACAAAUCGAAAUUUCCAAGUAAGUCCUUCUUUUGUUUUUCAUUUUUUCUUACUCGUUUUUCUGAAUCUCUGUUUUCAAUUUCCUCUUUAUUCCAAUUUUGUUUUUGUAUUUUCGUAUAUUUAGCUCCCCGAACGAUCCGUAACCGAUCGUAUAGAACUCACUGAUUAUUCGGGAUUCUUGCCCUUUAUUUCGCUAAAAAGCUGUGUAUUUCAGUUCCUGAUUCGAUAAGUUUCAGUUUUUGCUCUUGUUUAUCUAUUGCAAUCAUCUUGAUCCUGUAAUUCCUCUUCUACUAUUAAGCUCUCGUUUCAGCACCUCGGAGCUAAUUGGUAGGCUCAGAAUUAGUUUGUUGAAACAUAGGGUUUCUGGGGGGUUAAAGUUUGCUUUUUGCUUCGAAAUCUAGUUGAUGCAAAGUGUUUUUAUGUUUUUUUUUUUGGGGGAUUUUGGAUGUGGGAUUUCGGUAUUUGAGUGUAUUUGGUUAUUGAAUUAGAAAUUUGAAUUUUAAUUCUUGAAAUGGGUAUUCGGUGAUUGAAUUGGUUGGUUUGGACUCUGCAAAAUUGGAGUUGGAAAUCUGAUGAGACGCCGCUUGGCGGCUGGUGUUCCGUCCGAGCAAAUGGAAAAAGGGACGGGAAAGAACCAGAAUACCCGACUUUGUUUCUUGGCGUCUUUGUCUGCAUUUUUCUGGUUUUUGUUAUUGUACUUCCAUUUUGUUGUGCUGGGACGUACCACUACUGAUGAAUCUCUCAAAUUGCGACCCCCCGUUACUGAUUCCUUAAGGUUACAACCUGAUCCUGUUGUUAGCUCAUAUUCCAACCCUACCCCUGUAACCAGUGUUCUUCAAAUUGAGAAACAACCCCCAAAGACUAACCAACCUCAAGAGAAGGAAAAAAUCCCAUUUAUGAGAGCACUCAGAACUAUUGAAAACAAGAGUGAUCCGUGUGGUGGGAGGUACAUUUAUGUCCAUGAUCUUCCUUCGAGGUUCAACGAGGAUAUGCUGAAGGAGUGUAAGAGUUUAAGCCUUUGGACCAAUAUGUGUAAGUUCACAACCAAUGCGGGGCUUGGUCCUCCGUUGGAGAAUGUUGAGGGGGUUUUCUCAAAUACAGGGUGGUAUGCCACAAAUCAGUUUGCUGUUGAUGUUAUAUUCGGUAAUCGUAUGAAGCAGUACGACUGCUUGACACGCGAUUCAUCACUUGCCGCUGCUAUUUUUGUACCCUUUUAUGCUGGGUUUGAUAUUGCUCGAUAUCUAUGGGGGCACAAUAUUUCAAGGAGGGAUGCAGCUUCGCGGGAUUUGGUUGAUUGGCUUAUGAAGAGGCCGGAGUGGGGAAUUAUGGGUGGCAAAGAUCAUUUUCUUGUUGCUGGUAGAAUAACAUGGGAUUUUAGGAGACUGUCUGAUGAAGAAUCAGACUGGGGUAACAAGCUUCUCUUUUUGCCAGCUGCCAAGAACAUGUCCAUGCUUGUGGUCGAAUCAAGCCCAUGGAAUGCUAAUGAUUUUGGCAUUCCAUAUCCUACAUAUUUCCAUCCAGCAAAGGAUGCAGAUGUGUUCAUUUGGCAGGACCGUAUGAGAAAAUUAGAGCGAAAAUGGCUUUUCUCUUUCGCUGGUGCUCCACGUCCUGACAACCCCAAGUCAAUUAGGGGCCAGAUCAUUAAUGAGUGCAGAAAUUCGAAGGUUGGCAAACUGUUGGAAUGUGAUUUUGGGGAAAGCAAGUGUCAUUCCCCAAGCAGCAUCAUGCAGAUGUUUCAGAGCUCCCUUUUCUGCCUGCAACCACAGGGUGAUUCAUACACACGGAGAUCUGCUUUUGAUUCAAUGUUGGCUGGUUGCAUACCUGUCUUCUUCCAUCCUGGAUCAGCAUACACACAAUACACUUGGCAUCUUCCAAAGGAUUACACAAAGUAUUCAGUUUUCAUUCCAGAAGAUGAUAUUCGUAAGGGGAAUGUUAGUAUAGAGGAGAGGCUCAGUCAAAUUUCUCCUGAGCAGGUAAAGAUUAUGAGGGAGGAGGUUAUAGGCCUUAUUCCAAGGCUAGUUUAUGCAGAUCCUCGCUCUAAACUGGAGACUUUAAAAGAUGCGUUUGAUGUUUCGGUACAAGCAGUUAUAGACAAAGUUACCAAGUUGAGGAGAGACAUCAUUGAAGGUCGUACAGAUGAUAACUUCAUUGAAGAGAACAGUUGGAAGUAUGCUCUCUUGGACGAAGGUCAACGUGAGGUGGGACCUCACGAAUGGGAUCCUUUCUUCUCAAAACCAAAGGAUGGUGCCGAUUCUGGUGAUUCAUCUGCGGAAGCUGCUAAAAACUCUUGGAAGAACGAGCAGCGAGAUCAUUCAUAACUGGAAGGUAACAACAGUGCUAGUGCAAUAGUUGUAAUAAUGCUUAUUGCAUACAGAUUAACAGAUUAGCAUGAGACUGCCUAGGCGUGUCUGAAGUUCUGGAGACCUUGUCAUGAAGUCAUCUUUUAGAACUUACUAUGUCUCAUGUCUUUUUUUUAAAAGCCAGCGCAUAGAUUGCCCAUAUCUUUGUUUAAAACCAAAACACAGUCGCAUAUUUUCCCCUAUAGGAUUUUUAUUUUAUUUUUUUUUUUUUUCGCUUCCUGCAUAAUGUAUUUGGUCAUGAGAUUCUUUAUGAAUGUAAUGUAGCCAGAGGUUUCAUAUUUUCCCAUCCCUUACCGGAAAUAAAAAUGAGUGAUUCUUAAA